GGCAAUAAUUUUUCCGUAACCUGAAGCAACAUCCUCCUAAUUCUCCAUAAAAAAAGGCGGGAACUAGCCAACUGGCUGGGAAGUGAUGGGACCUACGCAUCUGCACGUCCCGCCCACUUCAGCCUCUGAUUGGUGGAUGUUCGUGGCUCGUGGCGGAGGCGCCCUCCUCAUUGGCUGUCCGUCUCCUGGGCGAGUCGGCAGCACCGGUCCCGCUCCUCCCUCCCCCUUCCCCAGCUGCCGACGUGGGACUGGUGGCCGCUGGUGGUUGGGAGCGGCGGUGUGGGUUCCGAGCGGCGGGUGGGGAUGGGGGUGCUGCGGCUGCUGGCAGUGGCCGUCGCGUGCUGCUGGUGGCCGCCGGGCAGCCAGGGUAAGACGCUGCGGGGCAGCUUCAGCAGCGCAGCGGCCCGAGACGCUCAGGGCCAGAGCAUCGGCCACUUCGAGUUCCACGGUGACCAUGCUCUUCUGUGUGUCAGAAUCAACAACAUAGCAGUAGCUGUUGGAAAAGAAGCUAAACUCCAUCUAUUCCAAGCCCAGGAAUGGCUAAAGCUGCAAGAAAACAGUCAUAGUUAUAGUUGUAGUGAAAAAUUAUCCAAAGCUCAGUUGACAAUGACCAUGAAUCAGACUGAACAUAAUCUGACAGUGUCCCAGAUUCCGUAUCCACAAACAUGGCACGUGUUUUAUGCAGACAAGUAUACGUGCAAAGAUGAUAAUGAGAAUUCUCAGGUGGAAGAUAUACCAUUUGAAAUGAUGCUACUAAACCCAGAUGCUGAAGGGAAUCCACUUGAUCAUUUUAGUGCUGGAGAAUCUGGGUUACAUGAGUUCUUUUUCCUCCUAGUCCUAGUGUACUUUGUGAUUGCUUGCAUUUAUGCUCAAUCAUUGUGGCAGGCUAUUAAUAAAGGAGGACCCAUGCACAUGAUUUUAAAGGUUCUGACAACUGCAUUGCUGUUACAAGCUGGUUCAGCUUUAGCUAAUUACAUUCAUUUCUCCAGGUACUCCAAAGAUGGAGUAGGGGUUCCUUUUAUGGGAAGUUUGGCAGAAUUUUUUGACAUCGCUUCCCAAAUUCAAAUGUUAUACCUACUUCUGAGUCUAUGCAUGGGCUGGACAAUAGUCAGAAUGAAGAAGUCUCAAAGCAGACCUCUUCAGUGGGAUUCUACUCCUGCAUCCACUGGCAUUGCUGUGUUCAUUGUCAUAACACAGAGUAUUUUGCUACUUUGGGAACAGUUCGAAGAGACCAGUCCUCACAGCUACUAUUCACACAACAACUUAGCAGGGAUCCUCCUAGUCAUUUUAAGAAUUUGCCUAGCACUGUCAUUAGGCUGUGGGCUCUACCAGAUCGUCACAGUGGAGAGAAGCACACUGAAAAGGGAGUUCUACACCACGUUUGCCAAAGGCUGUGUCUUGUGGUUUUUGUGCCACCCAGUUCUUGCAUUCAUAUCCUUGAUGUUUAAUGACUACCAAAGAGAUAAGGUCAUUACAAUAGGUGUUAUCCUUUGCCAGUCUGUUUCCAUGGUGGUUCUCUACAGACUCUUUCUGUCCCACAGUCUGUACUGGGAGGUGUCUUCACUUUCCUCAGUAACUCUGCCACUGACCAUAUCCUCUGGACACAAAAGUCGGCCUCACUUCUGAUACUUGAUUUUCUUUAAAGGAAAAGUGAAUUGAACAGAGUGCAAUAAGGAUCCAAAGACACUGACUCUUUUUUCAUACUUUUGGUAUGAAAAAUUGAACGUAGAAAGCAGAGCAUGUUAUUUAUACAACUGCAUUUAAGCAGUACCAAAACUAAAAAAGGUAAUAAAUGAAAUGUUUUGAAAAAUACUUAAUAAACUUUGAAGAGUGUUGUUAUAAGGUGAUUUAUACAAUUUCCAUGUGGAAAUGAAGAUGGAAAAGAAUUAUAUGAAAUUUCAGUAAGAGAGUCACCACUUAAAAUGCCUCAUCUGAUGUCGAUAGUUAACUCAGGUUUGUUAAUCUUAUAAAAAGUAAUCAGUUGAAUGAUUACUUGCUUAUACAUAUCUGAACUAAGUCCAGUUACAAAAUCAGUGUAGUACACUGAUUAAAAACUGCUUUUUUAUGCUUUAAGGAAAAUGCAUUUUAUAUUGGAGUUUAAACGAAUUGAAAAUGAAUUACUUCAGAAAAUAAAUAUAAAGUAUAUUCAUAGUUAAAUGAAUAAGCUUUUGUUUAUUUGUAGAUGGAGUUUUUCUCCCUUCUAUCACUUUGGCUCUCAUUCAGGUUUUAGCUUAAUUAGCAAAAGAUUUUUGACAGAUAAUUUAUGAAAAAUAAAAUCAGAUACAUUACAUGCAUUUUAAGGACAAAGAGUUUUAAAGUCUGAGCAUUUAGGUGAAGGGACAAGCAGGUCUACAUGUUUAAAAAGAAAGAAGGAAAAAGUACUGUGUGAUAAGGCACUAAAAUUUUAAUCCUUAUAUAAUUUAUUUCUCUUACAUUGAAGCCCCAAUCAUAAUUAAGCCAUAUACACAGAUUAAAUUAACAGAAGCAUUUCACAUAAAUGUUGGUUUCAGUCAUCAACUAACCAUGAAUUCCUGCCCAAGGAUACUUAAUCAGGAUUAAAUUUUCUAUGAAUAAUUGAAAAACAAAAUACUCACUGGAUUUGUUAUAAUCCUCAUUGGCAGUGGAUUCUAAGUAGUUGCCAUCUUGAAUCCUUUGUAAUAAAGCCAUAUUUUUUUGUGUAUGUGAUGCCCCAAUAUUGAGGAUAAUAGCUGAAAAAUACUCUAUCAAGUGCCUGUUUGAAGAAUUGCUAAAUGGUGGUUAAACCUCCCGUGUAAAGUGAGGGUUCCGUUAAUAGUCACUGAUUGGAAAGUGUUCUGUUUCUGUUUGUCAAGCGUUUAAGUCUUUUCAUUUUUACCUCUGGCUUAUUUUUUAAAUUUUUUUUAAUCUGCUUUCAAAGGCAUUACAUUUUUAAGCAAGAAAUAGUGCGCUUGCCCUGGCCAGGUGGCUCGAUUGGUUGGAGCACUGUCCCGUACACACAAAUGGUUGCAAGUUCAACCCCCAGUCCAUGUUUCUGUCUCAUAGCCUCGGGCGAAGAUAAAAAAUACAAAAUAAGAAAUGGUGCACUGACCUGGUAAUGAAACUUUUUAAUUAAAUAGUUAAAAUAAUAUAGCGCAACUUAAAAAUAUCUAUGACUGCAUUUUUGUUUUUCCCUUUCACCUGGUCUCAUUGGAAAUGAAUAGUAUUGUUUCAUCUUAAAGGCAAAAAUAUAUGCGUUUGUGACUAGUAAAGUAGCAAAGUGACAAAAUUCAGCCUGCUCAUGAAGUCACCUCGAAUAGUUCUUUCUAAAGUAUUUAAUAAUGAGAACUGCAGGUCGAGACUAGAAAGUCUAGGGUAUGUUUUAGGUUUACAUGAUCUGCUGAGCGGUCAUGACCUUUUCUUUUACCACAUCUCACUAAUAACACCAGUUAUUGUCUGUUGUGUUCAACUGAAGCGCAAGUUAAUUAAGCUGGAAAAAAGCAUAGUGAAGCCUUUUCAUAAAUUUUGUGGACUUGCAACAAUGGAAGGGAAUAAUCUUUAUGUUACCUUACACAAAGAACAUAGAAACUGUAACCAGGACAUAUGAAAAAUAUUACCGUGCUUGCAUUUAUGAAACUUCAACAGGUGUUUUUUACUUUAUUUUUUAAUUUAUGGUUGAAUUUGCUGAUAACUUAUUUUGUUAUUCAAGAGCCAUUGUUAAAUGAAGUAAAACAAUUGUUCAUAAUUAAUGUAUAAAAGUGAUAAUAAAGUUUAGUAAUCAGAACUCAAA